AUGUCAACUACACAUGGCAAGCCCGCGGGGGGCCUGGAGUGCAUGGCGACGAUGGACGACAUCACGGAAGAGGACGGCAACUACUGCGAGUUCCAGACGUCGCCCAGCGGUUUGUGGCAUCCCGCGCUCUUUUGCGCGGACGUGGUGGAGCAGCUUCUGGCAUCGCAAUUCCACACGUACAUGAAGAAGGUUCAGGAGGCGGACUGCAAGGCGGAGCUGCGUCGCCUGGUGGCAAAGGGGCCUCCUAUCUGGCUGGAGGACAAGCAUGCUCUGCCCAUUCCUGAGGGAGACACACACAUCACAAAAGUGUGGUCUGCUAAAGACAACGAGGAACGCAGUGCCAAGCUGGACGGAGCUGUGGAAGGGGAAGCUCGUGAUUCUUUGUGGAAAGAGCUGCGGCAACUCAUGGAUGCCAUGGAGGAAGACAAGGAGGAAGUUCGAUAA